CGGGGCAGCACGUGACCUGAGCUAGGGAGCGAGAGUCACGUGAUGGUGCCCGGAAGCUGCUGUCCAGGCGACUAAAACACUAUGGGUAGGGGUCGGAGCUGAGGCUGCAUAGGGUGGGCUGAGCAGGAGCCGGAUCCCGGGCCAGGUGGAGCCGACCGCUACCAUGUCCACGCAGAGACUUCGCAACGAAGACUAUCAUGACUACAGCUCCACGGACGUGAGCCCCGAGGAGAGCCCAUCAGAAGGACUGGGUGGCUUCACCCCUGGCUCCUACCAGCGUUUAGGGGAGAGCAACAGUACGACGUGGUUCCAGACCUUGAUCCACCUGCUAAAAGGCAACAUUGGCACUGGACUCCUGGGGCUGCCACUGGCAGUGAAAAAUGCAGGCCUCUUGUUGGGUCCUGUGAGCCUGCUGGUGAUUGGCAUCGUGGCAGUGCACUGCAUGGGUAUCCUGGUGAAAUGUGCGCAUCACUUAUGCCGCAGGAUGAACAAACCCUUUUUGGACUAUGGGGAUACAGUGAGGUACGGACUAGAAUGCAGCACCAGCGCCUGGAUCCGGAACCAUUCCCACUGGGGAAGGUAUGUCGUGGACUUCUUCCUCAUCGUCACUCAGCUGGGCUUCUGCUGCGUCUACUUUGUGUUUCUGGCUGACAACUUUAAACAGGUGAUAGAGGCGGCCAAUGGGACUACCACCGACUGCCACAACAGUGAGGUGGUGGUCCAGAUGACCACCAUGGACUCCCGACUCUACAUGCUCGCCUUCCUGCCCUUCCUGGUGCUGCUGGCUUUCAUCAGGAACCUGCGUAUCUUGUCCAUCUUCUCCCUGCUGGCCAAUGUCAGCAUGCUGGUCAGCCUGGUCAUGAUAUACCAGUACAUUGUCCAGAGGAUCCCGGACCCCAGCCACCUACCCUUGGUGGCGCCAUGGAAGACCUACCCUCUGUUCUUUGGGACGGCAAUUUUUGCUUUUGAAGGCAUUGGAGUGGUUCUACCUCUUGAGAACAAAAUGAAGGAUUCACAGAAAUUUCCACUUAUCCUGUAUUUGGGGAUGGCUAUAGUCACUGUACUCUACAUCAGCCUGGGGAGCCUGGGGUACUUGCAGUUUGGAGCUGCUAUCAAGGCCAGCAUCACACUCAACAUGCCCAACUGCUGGUUGUACCAGUCGGUGAAGCUGCUGUACUCCGUGGGCAUCUUCUUCACAUACGCGCUCCAGUUCUACGUCGCCGCUGAGAUCGUCAUCCCUGUCAUUGUGUCCCGAGUGCCUGAGCAUUACAAGCUAGUGGUGGACCUUCUUGUGCGCACUGCAAUGGUCUCUGUGACGUGUGUUCUGGCCAUCCUCAUCCCUCGUCUGGAACUGGUCAUCUCCCUGGUGGGCUCCGUGAGCAGCAGCGCCCUGGCCCUCAUCAUCCCGCCCCUGCUGGAGGUGACCACCUACUACGGGGAGGGCCUGAGCCCCCUGACCAUCAUCAAGGAUGCCCUCAUCAGCAUCCUGGGCUUCGUGGGCUUCGUGGUGGGGACUUAUGAGUCUCUGUGUGAGCUGAUCCAGCCAAGCCCUGGCAAAAAUUCCACCAGUGCCUUCAUAUAAGGAUCUGGGUGUGUUCCCUGCACCUGCCCAGCCCCACCCUUGUGUGUCUCCCAGUAGUGUCCCCGCAUCCUCGGGUGUGGGUCAGCCACUGGAAAAAGGCAGGGCUGCUGCCUGGGCACUCUUCCACCUGGCACUGGACCCUUGGGUAACCUAGGCUAGAUGAGACUUUAAGUUUGGGGGAGGGCGGGAGCAGACAUACCACUUGUGCCGGUGCAACCAUUGCUUUCAUCGCCCCUCCUCCCUCGGCACCACCUCCUCAUCUGACCUGCCCCACCCACCUAGAUUAUGCCCAUUGCACAGUUCACUUUAUUUGAAAGGUCUCCUCCUGCUCCUGAUAUUUUUCUCCUUCCCGGGGCCAGGCCUGGAUUAAGUAGGUGGGGACUCUUAUGUUUUACAAAGCCAGGCCUCUUUCUCUUUGGGCU